GAGCGUCCGCGGAAACAUCCGGGGUAUCGCGCGCACCUCGGCGGCCAUUGCGGCUCCGCGUGCGGCAGCUUUAUAACCUUGAGAGGGCGGAGCGUCAGCGCGCUGGACUGGAGUAGCAGCGGAGCAGGAGGAGAGACGCCGAGGCGACGAAGAGCUGCAGAAACCGUUACACGGCAGCACUGCUUUACCUCACCGCUUUAACGGGAGAUCAGGGCGUGUACCGGCGCGUCUAACGGACAAUGAUGAGCGCAGUCGGACGGGAACCGGAGCGGCGGUGGCGUUGAGCGCGUUUUCAUGUUUGAGGCGGAUCGUCGGGAUCUUGAGCGUUUGGGCGCAUCAGCGCGGUUUUUUUUUUAUUUUUUUAAAUUAAUUUAUUUUUUCGGUGUUUGAAGCGGCAGAUUCCCGGAGCGUUGCGACCUGAAUCCCGGAGCGUUGAUUUUCCCUGACAUCAUCAUCCUCAUCCUCAUCGUCGCCCGGUGUGAACGGGCAUCCUCGGUGGUCGUCGACGGGAAUCCGGGGGGUUUACAGGAUCCGGGUGUCGGUUCUGACAUUCGCGGCGCGUUUCUGAGGCAAAGCGGAUCUGUCGGCGGGAGAAACGGUAACGCUAUGGCUGACGACGACGUGCUGUUCGAGGAUGUGUACGAGCUCUGCGAGGUGAUCGGGAAGGGUCCGUUCAGUGUGGUGCAUCUGAAGCGGGAGGCGAGUAUCUGUCACAUGCUCAAACAUCCUCACAUCGUGGAGCUGCUGGAGACCUACAGCUCCGACGGGAUGCUCUACAUGGUCUUUGAGUUUAUGGAUGGAGCUGAUCUGUGCUUCGAGAUCGUGAAGAGGGCCGAUGCCGGCUUCGUCUACAGCGAGGCUGUGUCCAGUCACUACAUGCGACAGAUACUUGAAGCUCUGCGCUACUGCCACGAUAACAACGUCAUUCACAGAGAUGUCAAGCCUCACUGUGUGCUGCUGGCCUCGAAGGAGAACUCUGCUCCUGUUAAACUGGGCGGCUUCGGCGUGGCGAUUCAGCUGGGCGAGUCAGGGCUGGUGGCUGGAGGUCGGGUAGGGACCCCUCACUUCAUGGCUCCUGAAGUGGUCAAGCGAGAGCCGUACGGGAAGCCGGUGGAUGUUUGGGGUUGCGGGGUCAUUCUCUUCAUUCUGUUGAGCGGCUGUUUGCCUUUUUACGGCACCAAGGAGCGUCUGUUUGAAGCCAUUGUGAAAGGGAAGUACAAGAUGAACCCGCGGCAGUGGAGUCAGAUCUCUGAGAGCGCUAAAGACCUGGUGCGACGCAUGCUAAUGCUGGACCCGGCCGAGAGAAUCACCGUCUAUGAGGCGCUCAACCAUCCCUGGCUCAAGGAGAGAGAUCGCUACUCGUACAAGACCCACCUGCCCGAGACGGUGGAGCAGCUGAGGAAGUUCAACGCUCGGAGGAAACUGAAGGGCGCCGUCCUCGCUGCCGUCUCGAGUCACAAGUUCAACUCGUUCUACGGCGACCCUCCUGAAGACCUCCACGAUUUCUCAGAGGACCCCACGUCUUCAGGAUUGCUUGCUGCAGAAAGGGCCGUGUCUCAGGUUCUGGACAGUCUGGAGGAGAUCCACGCGCUGACCGACUGCAGUGAGAAAGAUCUGGACUUCCUGCACAGCGUCUUCCAGGACCAACAUCUGCACACACUGCUGGAUCUGUACGACAAGAUUAACACCCGCUCGUCGCCGCAGAUCAGGAAUCCACCCAGUGACGCCGUCCAGAGAGCCAAAGAGGUGUUGGAGAUGCUCUCCUGUUAUCCUGAGAACAUGGAGGCAAAAGAGCUGAAGAGAAUCCUGACACAGCCGCAUUUCAUGGCGCUGCUGCAGACGCACGAUGUCGUGGCUCAUGAGGUUUACAGCGACGAGGCGCUGCGAGUGACACCUCCACCCACGUCCCCUUACCUCAACGGAGACUCGCCCGAGAGCGUCAGCGGAGACAUGGACCUGGAGAACGUCACGCGUGUGCGCCUGGUGCAGUUCCAGAAGAACACGGACGAGCCCAUGGGCAUCACUCUGAAGAUGAACGAUCUGAACCACUGCAUCGUGGCUAGAAUCAUGCACGGCGGGAUGAUCCACAGACAGGGGACGCUGCAUGUUGGAGACGAGAUUCGUGAAAUCAACGGCAUCAGUGUGGCCAAUCAGACGGUGGAGCAGCUCCAGAAGAUGCUGCGGGAGAUGCGAGGCAGCAUCACCUUCAAAAUUGUGCCCAGUUACCGCAGUCAGUCUCUGUCCUGUGAUAAAGAUUCGCCUGAACUGUCCGGACAGUCUCCUGCGAACGGCCACUCCAGCGUCACCAGCUCCAUCUUAGAUCUGCCAUCAACUAUCCAGCCCAAAGGAAGACAGAUUUACGUUCGAGCGCAGUUCGAGUACGAUCCUGCUAAAGACGACCUGAUUCCCUGUAAAGAGGCUGGCGUUCGUUUCCGGGUGGGUGACAUCAUCCAGAUCAUCAGUAAAGACGAUCAUAACUGGUGGCAGGGCAAACUGGAGAACACCAAGAACGGCACGGCGGGCCUCAUUCCCUCGCCGGAGCUGCAGGAGUGGCGCGUGGCGUGUAUAGCGAUGGAGAAGACCAAGCAGGAGCAGCAGGCCAGCUGUACAUGGUUCGGCAAGAAGAAGAAACAGUACAAAGACAAAUACUUAGCCAAACACAACGCAGGUAAUGAGCAGCGGACCGUCCAUCAUGACAUCAUCAGAAUAAUCACACUCACACACACACACACACUAACACUCACAUACUCACUCACUCACUCACUCUCUCUCUCUCUCUCUCCGACAGACACCACCAGACCUCCAAAGAAGGACGAGGAGAACGGCAAGAACUACUUCUUUGUGUCACAUGACCAGAUGAUGCAGGACAUCUCCAACAAUGAUUACCUGGAGUACGGCAGCCACGAGGAUGCCAUGUACGGCACGCGCCUCGAGACCAUCCGCCAGAUCCACGAGCAGGGCAUGGUGGUCAUCCUGGACGUGGAGCCGCAGGCGCUGAAGGUUCUGCGGACGGCUGAGUUUGCGCCAUAUGUCAUCUUCAUCGCAGCUCCGACUAUCACUCCUGCGAUGAACGAGGACGAGUCUCUCCAGCGGCUGCAGAAGGAGUCGGAGGCGCUGCAGCACUCUUACACACAUUACUUCGACCAGACGAUCAUCAAUAACGAGAUCGAUGACACCAUCCGCCUGCUGGAGGAGGCCAUCGAUCUGGUGUCUGGCACUGCGCAGUGGGUGCCGGUGUCCUGGGUGUACUAGCCAUCUCACACACACACGGACUUUCCAGCCCGGCCACUACCAGUGCGUAGCGUUGUAUAUAUCUAUACAUAUAUAAAUAUCUAUAAAUAUGAAUAUAUAAGUCAUAGAUAUGGUCCUGUACGAAUAACGAGGGGGGUUGAUGACUUUUUAUACGGUUUUCUUUUUAAACGUACGAGACGGCGUCUCAG